AUGCGGAAAGGAAUGCGGGUUGUGGAAGACAUGGAAAUGGAAGAAGCUUUUUCAGAUGAAGAAAGUGGGAUCUCCGAAGAUGAAGACGAUGAAGCCGCAGACGAUGAAGCCGCAAAGGCAAAACGGCUUGGAGGAAAGGUUCCCGUCACGAAAAGCGACAUUCUGGUCUCCACUCCCCUGUUACUUGCAAAUUCUCUUUCUGGUAACAAAAGCCGUUCUAUCGCUCCUCUACCAACAAUCCAAAGUCUUGUCCUAGAUGAGGCCGAUGUGCUCCUAGACUCCCUAUUCCGUGACCAAACUCUAGAGGUAUGGCGUGCGUGCACAAAUGCGCGACUCAGAGUUGGACUAUGGUCUGCGACCAUGGGUUCGAGUAUCGAAGAGCUUGCCAUGUCAACAAUUAACGAGCAACGGCGAUCGCUAGGACUACGCGAUGAAUCAUUUCUGGUCCGGCUAGUUGUUGGGUUAAAAGAUACUGCCAUUCCCAAUAUCUCCCAUAAGCUCGUCUACGCUGCGACCGAACAGGGGAAACUUCUGGGGCUACGACAACUUCUGAAUCCAAAGGGUGCAAGUUCCACCUCAGACACCCAUCUACGAGCACCCUUUUUGGUAUUCACACAAACCAUCUCUAGGGCUGUGGCACUACAUUCUGAAUUGAAAUACGACAUCCCUGCUGAAGCUGGCGGUUCGUCACGUAUCGCUGUUCUACAUUCUGAUCUGUCUGAUUCGCAACGAUCUGACAUCAUGGCGGCCUUCCGCAAAGGCGAAAUAUGGAUCCUCAUCACAACUGAUCUUCUCUCGCGCGGUGUAGACUUCCGCGGGAUUAACGGCGUUGUGAAUUAUGACAUUCCCAACUCUAGUGCGACAUAUGUCCAUCGCGUAGGCAGGACAGGACGAGCUGGACGUGAGGGUGGAGUAGCAGUCACCUUUUACACAAAGGAGGACAUCCCCUAUGUGAAAAAUAUUGCGAAUGUUAUCGCUGCCAGCGAGAAGUUGCGUGGAGUUUCUGGAGAUAAAGGCAUCCAGGAAUGGUUGCUGAAUUCAUUACCCAAUCUGUCAAAGAAGGAUAAGAAGGAUCUAAAGCAACACGGUGUAAGACUUCGACGACCGAUGACGAAAAAAGGGGCGCAGGAUGAGAAGGCGCGCAGAAGCACGCGGAUAAGUACGAAGAGUGGGUUUGAGAGGCGAAAGGAGCACAAUCGGAGAGAUGCGGCUAAGGCAAGCAGACGGCGGAUGCAUGCUGGCCAAACAGAAGAUGGAAGAAAUUCAAAUGAUAAUGGAUCUUGGGAUGGUAUCGAAGAGUAA